GUCCAUCCACGAAAGUACAAUAUGAAACCGAAAGUGGAAAAUUACAUAAUUACCAAUACCUGAAACGAAAGUAGAGAUACUCGGGGAAUUCCAGAGACAUGAACUUCCUCCUACGCGCUUUCGAAUUUGUUGCUGGUAAAUGCUUAAUUAUCUGCAGAAUCAUAUAUCACACUAUAAUAUCCCUGAUACUUAUCUGUGGGAGGAAGCUUCAAGAUAAAGCAUUUUAUUUAAUGAGAGGUGAUUGGAGCAUGUACAGACAGAAUCUGAUGGGUUCAGGCAUUAGCAUGUGUAAAAAAAAGGAAUAUAGCUCAGAGGAGAUGGACAACAAUGCGUUAGGUAUGCAACUACAAGAACAGAUUAAAAUAAACGGAAGACUUCAAAGCGAUUUGGACAGACUACAAAAGACAAUUCAAGACCAAAACGAAAUGAUCGAAAAGCAGUUUGGAAAAAACAUUGAGAUAACUGCGAAAGGUAAAUUUAACAUCGCCGGAGAAACCAUUCAACCAACGACACUUUCAAAUAAGUUGAAGAAAAUGUUUGAUGACGAAUGGAGGAAUGUAAUGAUAUGUCUAUUUCGUGGUGACAGAGAAUUAAUCGGCAUACGGUUUCUUUCUAAACUACUUGAGGACUGCCAGUCAUUUUGUAAGGAGAAAGCGUCAGAUCAACUAACUAGAUUUGUUAAUCCCUAUCCUGAAGAAACAAGCAAUACAGUUGAAGAAAUUGUUCCAUCGAAAGAAGAUCAGCAUAAUCUGUACAAGCUACGCAGUAUAAUUGGUCAACAUGAGCAGACUAAACGUAGCAUAAUCAGCGUGUUCGCUAGAGAAUGUAAGAGUAGUGAAGAUUAUUGCAAGGUUACAGAGGAUAUCGCAGAUAACGAAGAGGCAUUGGAAUGUAUAGACAAGUACGUCAACAACUGCUGUGACGUUUGUUGGCAAUGUGCCAUCUCCGACCCAUCUGUAUCUCUCAAAUUUGACGUUAUUGGCGAAAGAUUUGACGAUGUGUCGGAUAUUUUUCAGGAGUAUCAUUUUAAGGGCCAUACUGAUGAGAUUGGUCAAUGUAAUACAGUUAUGCAGGUUGUAUGGCCAGCUGUUAUGAUGAAAGCCGGGAUAGACAAUACUGAUAUUCUUAUUGAGAAUGCAAAAGGUUAUGCUAUUGUGUACCCAAGCUCUGCUGUUUAAUUAAAGCAAAUAUUUUCACUAACGUUACCACGUGUGUCAUGUACAUAUUGGAUCAAAAAACAUACACUUUAAGGAAAGUCAUUGUGUAAAAUGACGACAUUUCAUAUGUUUUAAUGUAUUAGAUGUUGAACCUUUUAUUACCUCUCAUUAAAAACUCAUCAAACCGAG